CCAGCUUAGGAGAGCGGCGUAUGGGAUGGGGGGGGUCGAAUCCCUGCAGCGCCCCCCCCCAGGGCUCCUCCGGCUUUGGCUUCGGAUCCCCAAUGGGAGCUGCGGGGCGGGGCCCGCGGCAGCGGGAAGAGCCAUUGGCGGCUUUGAAGGCGCGGCGGGCGGGAACCGGUCGCCCAGGAGGGACGCUGCCGGCUAUGUGGGACGAGUCAAAGAGAUGGAUGAAACUAUUGCUGAAUUUAUCAGGAGGACCAUCUUGAAAAUCCCAAUGACUGAAAUUAUGGAAGUCCUAAAAACCUGGGACUUUUUGUCUGAAAGUCAACUGCAGUCUACUAACUUCCGGCAGAGGAAGGAAGUUCUUAUUCAGGAUUUGAUUCGGCUUUGUGAGGAGAAGCAUGCCAGUCUCAAUGACGCAGCCCUCUUAGACCUCCUUUAUACUCAGCGUCAUCGGCACCGGAAAAUUUGGGAUGUCUUCCAGAUGAGUAAAGAACCAGGUGAAGACAGUGACCUUUUUGAUAUGGAACAAUUCAAAAGUUCAUUUAAGAGAAUACUUCAGAGAGCAUUAAAAAAUGUGACGGUCAGCUUCAGAGACACUGAGGAGAAUGCAGUUUGGAUUCGAAUUGCCUGGGGAACCCAGUAUAAAAAGCCAAACCAGUACAAGCCUACUUAUGUGGUCUAUUAUUCCCAGUCUCCGUAUGUCUUCAUUUCUUCCUCUCUGCUGAAGAGUACUCUUCCCCUUCUGGGUCAGGCACUGAUAGUUGCUAGCAAACACCAUCAGAUUGUAAAAAUGGACCUCAGAAGCCAUUAUCUGGACUCUCUAAAAGCUAUUGUUUUUAAACAAUAUAAUCAGACCUUUGAAACUCACAACUACACUACUCCUCUACAAGAAAGAAGCCUUGGUCUAGAUAUAAACAUGGAUUCAAGGAUCAUUCAUGAAAAUAGAAUAGAAAAAGAGCAAGUCCAAAGAGUGACUCAAGAAACUUUUGGGUACUGUCCUCUACCAAGACUGGAAUUUGCACAAUAUAAGCUGGAAACAAAAUUCAAAAGUGACUUAAACCAAAGCGUCUUGGCUGAUAGAGAAGAACCCCUCCGUUGCCUAGUAAAGUUCUCUAGUCCGAAUCUUCUGGAAGCAUUGAAAUCCUUAGCACCAGCUGGUAUUGCAGAUGCACCACUUUCUCCAUUGCUCACAUGCAUACCCAACAAGAAAAUGAAUUAUUUUAAAAUUAGAGAUAAAUAAGGUGUGCAUGGUUUUGUAAGUACAGCAGUUGCUGGACUAUAUUGUGUAUGCAUUUCAGUUAAAGAUUAACUGACUCACUUCUGUCUGCAAACUUGUAUUUUAGAAAUGAAUCCUUGACAGUUUAGCAGAUAUUCAAAUAAAUAUAGGACUGUUUAUUUCUUAGGCUACUGUGUGCCCCCUCACCCUAUAGUCUAAAAGUAUAGCACCUAUGGGCUCUCAAGAUGUACCAGAACAUAUAGACAACUGUAGACUUAAUCUGGAAUGCAUCUGAAUACUCUGGAGUCAGACAAAUAGCACAGCUGAUACUGUGGGGCAUCAUGUAGCAUGUCCUUUGUCCCAAUUCUUCUCUCUCCUCUGUCCUGGGAGAGUCUAGUUCCAGUUGCUGAUUUCCAGACAUACUUCUAUUAAGCUUUUAAUUCCAGAAGUACCAAGACCAUACCCAGCUUAAAACUUUCUAAGUGAAUCAUAAGAUUGGUUUCAUUCACAGUUAGUUAAUUCAUAAUUAUAGAAGGUUGCUACAGGUAUUCAGAUAAGCUAUAUAAAAAUAAUUGCUUCAUUGUAAAUACUUUUCAUACUCUUUUUUUAUAUCAUAUAUGUGUCAUUCAAACUGACAUAGGUUUGUAAAUAAAGAUAUUUAGAAACUGGUA